AUGGCUAUGAAAGUUGAUGUUUCUCUUUGUCUCUUAGUGAUUCCUAUUGUACUUUCUCUUUUGCUUUCAAGCCACCAUUUUGCUAAAGCCGAUAAUGAGAUUGGCAAGCCCCUAAUAACAGCAACUUGCAUCCAAACCGAGUUUCCUGAUGUUUGCGUCUCAACUUUGGAGUCGGAUCGUCGCAGCUCCAGUGCAAAUCUUACUGGCCUUUCCAGGAUUGGCUUGGAGUUGGCCAUAACCAAAGCUGAUGAGAUCAAAGCAGAUGCUUAUAAGUUGAUUUUUAAUGCAACUAGCUAUCAUAAUUGGGAUAUACGAUCAGCUUGCUUUGGUGCAUAUAAUCUGAGCUUCUAUCCAUUCAAAGAGACUCUCCAAUACUUUGAUGAGCUGAACUAUAAUGAGUCAUACAGAAUUGUGGAUACUUUUAAUAAAGGUUUACAUUAUUGUAUUGACGUUGGAGUAACAGAGUUAGCUGCCGGAAUCACAUUCCUAACGAAAUUCACCACUGAUGUAAAGGCAAUUCUACAUCUCCUUUUCUAA